CUACAGCUACUGCUACACUCAUGCUGGCUACUGGCAGCGCAGGCUGCAGGCUGCACAGCUCGUCGUUUCGCGCCGUGCGGCGCGCGCUAAACAUCGCCCGUUCGAAUCCGACCUUUCGGCCUUUCUAGGAGCUUUUUCCCCCUUUAAAAUAAGCUAGACUCGAGAUCGUCGUUUGAGAAAUUCGCGAGUGUGUUUCCCGAGACGACGAGGAGAUAAUUGUAACGCGAUGGACAAUUCAGCUUACGUGCCAAAUCAGCUGCCACCGCCGCUGGUCGUGUUCUCGCAGGCGACCGGUGGCUUCACCGAGGCUGCCCUCAGGAUGUCGAGGCCCUUCGCGCCCCAUCAAAUCGGCGAAGCCAAAGACCUGUCGAAUCCGUUCGGCCAAGCGGCUGCGACGCUCGAUUAUCGUCUCCAUCACAUGCUGCACCUGCAGCACCAGUUUCUGCAUCCCCUCGACCAUCGGCUGCCCUUCGGUAGCAGUGCCUUCCGACCCCUCGCGCCGUCGGCCUUCGCACCGCCACCGAAGCGCCUCAAGCUCGAGACGGAGGUCGUCGGCUCGCCCCAACCCUCUCAACAACAGCAGCAACAGCAACAGCACCAACAGCAACAGCAGCACCAGCAGCAGGGCGGGCCUCCGGGCACCCCGAGCGGCACCCCGGGUCCGCCGCAGGCACCGCCGGGACUGUCGAGCCUCGGAUCGCUCAGCAACAUGUCGGCCAUGUUCUCGCCCCAGUCGCAGGCUCAAGACCUCGCGCCCCAGAGCCCGGCCAACUCGACGGCCAGCCGAUCGCCGACCGGCAGCAACGUCGCGAAUCAGAACGCGACCCCGGGCCCGAACAAUCCGGCGACGGAGGACGAGCGCGAGGCCGCCAGUGCGACGCCCUGCUCCGAGAACACCGAGAGAUCCACGCCCGAGGAAGGACGACCCUAUCGCAUGGGUAACGUGUUCGGGGGCCGAUGCGGUGCGGAGGCGUUGGGCCUCGGCCUGAUGUCGCUUAACCCAGCCUACAGGUUCGCUCUGCCCCCGGGGCUCGCCGCCAAGACCACCCGCUGCCUUACGUUCGACCAAGGAAAGAAAAAGUUCUCAGCCGACCCGACCUGCUGCCCCGUAUGCGGUAUCACGGUGAGGCCGCAGGAGCUCGAGCAGCACUUCCUCCAGGAGCUGGACCGUCUGUACAAACUGUCCUCGGUGUCGCAGAGGCCACGGCCCAGGUCGACGAUGCCGCCCCAGCCGCCGGAGCACGGACAGAUACUUCACACGCCAUCGGCCGCGGACGGCACGCCCUUCGGCAGGUGGGAAACCUACAAGCGGAUAAAAGCCAACAGACAGGCGCGCAUUCGAAUAAAGAAUCGCAAGAGGAAAGCCGACGAGCCGGCGUGCCCGGUGUGCCAGGAGCGACUGUCCGGCACCACGGAGGAGCUCAAUCACCACGUCGAGCGAUGUCUGCAGAAGCAAAACGGUGGCGGCCCCAAUCCAGCCGCUCGCCAUCCGAUAGACGAGGAGGAAGUCGACGUCGAGGGCGAUACCGAGACGUUCGAAGAGUACGAAUGGGCAGGACAGCGACGAGUUCGUGCCAGUUCUAUGCUUAUGGGAGGAUUCGCAGCGACAGGUCUUGCGACAUCGUCGUCGAGCAAUCGGGCCGGACCAAACGGGGUGAGAAACGACGAGGAGGACGUGGACCUGGUGGUAGACGGCGACGACCAAGCGCAAUUCGGUCCGUCGCAGUACACCGAGGCCGACGUAGUGACGCCCAGAUACGAGGGCUCGGCGCGCGAGCAACGGGAGCGAGAGGCGCUCCGCGAAGCCGUUAUCUCGCCCAACGGCACGGUUCAACAAAGCGGCCAGAGCUCGAAUCAGCAACAAACGACGGUGGUCGAGGUGAAAACCGAGCCGUCCUCGGCCAGCCCGAGCUCGACGUCGCAGACGCAAGCCGAGACUGGCUCACCGAGCGACGAGCAGAAGGCUUCGUCCUCGACUUCGCCGCACAGUAGCGGAGUCAUCGAUGCCAAGUGCGAGCCUGAGGCGCCGGUCGUCGAGGCUCUUCGUAGUCGAAUACGAGAACUCGAGAACGAGAUGCGUGGACAGGGUUUGAAGUGUCUCAUCUGCAUGGAGCAAUACAAAAAGCCAGUUACAUCGGUCUGCUGUUGGCACGUUCACUGCGAGCAAUGCUGGCUGCAUACUCUGGGAGCGAAGAAGCUGUGCCCUCAGUGCAAUAUGAUAACGUCACCGUCGGAUCUGCGUCGUAUCUACAUGUGAGCAAGCGGUUAAGUCGCUGCGAAGACGAAACAGAAGCUUCCAUCGCAUUGAUAACUCACGAUAGCUUGUAUAUUUGUAAAUUAUUUCAUUAGAUCCAAUGAUUCAGAUUCUCUCUGCUACAUUGAAGAUAUUAUAUAAAUAUUAUAAAUAUAUUGAAUUAUACUUUCGACCCGAUUCAGAUGGGUCGAUAGCGCCCCGUCAAUUACUUUCUCUACCCGUCGUAGAAUGGCGCAUUUAUCCCCCUCCCCCCGUCCUUACUUCCGACGUACUAUGCAUAUGUAGCAGAAUUAACUCCUCUAUUAAUAGGGAGAUAUUUGCGUCUCAAUACGUGUAAAACAGGUAAACGAUAUGAACGCUCUCUAAGCACUAUUAUAAAAGUUGCACUCACUCGAAAUCCGUGUCUUUGUAUAUUAUUCACUCGUUGACGGUUUCUUCAAUUUUUUUCAGCUUCGUGCACUUGAACGCGUGAAAAUUGCUUAUGAACGCGAAUUCAUAGUUACAUAUUUUUUUACUAUACAUUUUUAUAACAAGACGUACUUGGACGUUCUUGGCAUAAUUUUGUAUUUUUACUUUCACUCGCUACGAGUACGAAGAAAUUACGUACGAAAAUGAAGAUUAAGAAAACUCAUAUGACCGCGUAUGAUAUAGAUAGUUAAAUUGUUCUUCUUGUAAGUAUAUAGAAAAAUUAUCAAUUGUUUACAAAUUUACGAUGAAUAGUUUUAAUGGAAGCUAUUUAGUAUAACUAUUGGACGAAAAUUAAUGUCUCUCCAAAUUAGCUCUCAAAUUUUAUAUUAUCAAUUUUGUAAAUAUUUUAAGAUUAUAUUUUAAAAAUAAAAACAAAAAUUUU